GGAAGCUCGAGCGGCGUAAGUGUGACUUGCGUUUUAUUUUUAAUGAAUUAAAUCGACUUUGGAAAAUAAAAAACGAAGAAAACACAAACGUCCCACUUUCGUCAAGGAUUGCGAUAACAACCGUCUAUUCAACUAUAAUUAUCGUAAUCACAACAAAACAUCGUCGAAAAUAACAACUCUCCCAUUACUCAAUAUAGCCAAUUUCGACUUUGUACAACGACAGUCUCCGUAAUUGACGAAAUGAUAACGCGAAAUCCCAUCCACCUAUUUGUUUGCUCAAAUUAACGAGAUUUAAAGUAAAGACGCACUUCAUUAAACAUGGAGCCACCUAAAACGUCCGAAAACCUCCUCCGAUUGGAAGAAGCGCGACGUGACGUCAUGACAGACAGUGCCCUUAUUUUAACGAAAAUAGAAAAACCCGUGUAUUCGAUCCCUUGGAGGAGCUCGCUGCGACAGAUUCUAGCGUGCUGCGUCGCACACAGUCUUGUCAUUCAGGCGGGAAUCAAUAUGUCGUUCAGCGCCAUCUUGUUGCCGCAGUUGGACGAGAAGAAGAGCGACAUACGGAUUUCGAAGUCGGAAGCGUCUUGGAUAGCAAGUAUAGUGGCUAUAGCGCUUCCCUUGGGGUCUUUUAUAAUUGGACCCUUAAUGGAUAAGUUCGGUCGAAAAAAACUGUGCAUUUGUGCGACGAUACCGUUUGUGAUUUCUUGGAUAAUGCACGCUUGUGCUAAAAACGUGUAUCAUUUGUAUGUAGCAAGAAUUAUAGCCGGUUUUAGUGGCGGUCUGACGACCGUUGCUUUGGUUUAUGUGAGCGAAAUCACUCACCCUAAUUACAGAACAAUGCUGUUGAGUCUUAACAGCGUUUUUGUGUCUUUUGGAAUUUUAUUCACUUGUGUCUUAGGGUUGUGGUUUAGGUGGCGCGUUAUGGCCCUAAUUAACUGUUUUUUGGUCCUGCUUACUCUGGUCUGUUUGUGGUUUAUACCAGAGAGCCCUCACUGGCAAAUCGUUUUCAAAAAUAACCCAAGUGGUGCGGCGCAGUCCCUGGAAUGGCUAUACAAAGAUCAAAAAAUAUUUGAAAAUCAGUACGAACGAUUGCUGGACACGACGUCAAAAAAGCCACCACAGGAGUCAAAAGACAAAGAACCAAGGUUGACCCGCAUGAAGAAACAGCUGAAAGUGUAUAAGGAACCGAUUGUGUACAAACCUUUCACUAUCUUGUUUACUAUUUUCGUCUUCCAGCAGUUGUCCUGUGGCUACGUGAUAAUUUUUUAUGCUGUCGAUUUAUUCAGAGAAAUCGGCGGCCAUUUUGAAAAAGGCUUGGACGAAUUUGUAGCUUUGGUUCUUCUGGGGUCUAUUAGAUUCAUCAUGGCUAUAGUAUCGUCCCUGAUCUCGAAAAGAAUAGGCCGCAGACCUUUGUUCUUCAUCUCGGGAUUAGGCAUGUGCCUUACUAGUUUAGUAGCUGGAAUUUAUAUGUACUUCACUGUGAUUCCGCCCGACGAACUUGCCAAACUCAGUAUCCAGAAAGACAAGAGCGACAAUAUCGCUUUAUAUUGCGUUCUAGGUUAUGUUUGCUUUAGCUCGAUGGGGUAUUUUGUUAUCCCGUGGACUUUGAUAGGAGAACUACUCCCAGUGAAAGUUAGAGGUGUUCUAGGUGGCUUAAUGAUUUCAAUAGCGUACGUUUUGAUGUUCUUUACCGUGAAAGUUUUCCCUUUCGUGUUAGACUUGAUUAAAAUCCAGUGCUUGUUUUACGUUAUGGCGCUAGUGAACUUGUGCGGGGUAAUCUUCAUGUUUUUCUUUCUUCCAGAAACGCUAGGGAAAACUUUCAAAGAUAUAGAAGCGUAUUUUAAGCGAGAUACUUAACAUCUCAGUUGUUAAUUCAUUCGAAUAAAUUUAUUUUUGUAUGA